AUGUAUGUAUCUAUCUAUGUUUAUACAACAACGUAAUUUGAAAUAAUAAUAGAAAAUAGACACAUAAAAGAGCAGGCGUUCAAAGACAACUUGGAAACAACUGACUGCAUGUCAGUUGGGUUAUAAAAAACAGAAUGGCGAAAAAUUGCGCUAAAAUCGGUGUCAAUCUACGAGUCACCGAGACGGGACACCAAGGCGGUCGCAAGCACAUGGAGGACACGUACGCUGUCCACUUUGAGAGAAACCCUAACACGGGCCAAGCAGAGUUUGCCUACUUCGCCAUCUUCGACGGCCAUGGCGGAGGUGAGGCAUCGAAUUUUGCCAAGAACCAUCUUUUGGCAGAAAUCAUAAAAUAUGAAUCUUUUUGGAGAAGUAACGACGACAAUCAAGUGAUGGAAGCGAUCAAGUUAGGAUUUCUGGAUACACACAAACUUAUGGCCAAAGAACUAGAUAAAUGGCCCAAAACUCUCAGUGGGUUCCCCAGCACAUCUGGAACAACAGCCAGUAUUGCAAUUAUAAAGCACAGCAAAUUAUACAUCGGACAUGUUGGAGAUUCUGGAGUAGCUCUUGGUUUCCAAGGGGAGCAUUCUGAUAUUCAUGCUUUAAUGUUAACUAAAGAUCACAAACCCGAAUGUCCUGAAGAACGUAAACGAAUAGAAGAUUGUGGCGGUGAAGUUGUAACUAAAGCUGGUGUACAGAGGGUGGUGUGGAACCGGCCUAAGCUUACUCACAAAGGACCUAUUAGACGUAGCACAGUUACGGACAAGAUACCUUUUUUGGCUGUGGCACGUUCUUUAGGUGAUUUGUGGAGUUUCAACUAUGCUUAUGGAGACUUCAUUAUCUCUCCAAUGCCCGAUGUAUCUGUCCACAACCUUCUUCCCAAGAAUGACAAAUGCCUAAUUUUGGGUAGUGAUGGCCUUUGGAAUAUGAUGACUCCCCUUGAAGCUGUCAUGGUUGUUUUGGAAGACGAACAAAAGUUUGAUGAACUUGUAGUUAAUGACAUAUUGUCCCCCUUGACAUACUGGAAUAACCCAGCAGAACACUUAGUCAAUUUUGCUCUUCAAAAAUGGCAUGAACGGAUGCUGAAAGCAGAUAAUACCACUUGUGUUGUUGUUAUGAUUGAUACUAUGGGACCAAGCAAAUUAGAACGCUUACGGCGCCGACGAGAAGAACACAUCCAACAGCUAAACAAACAACACAAACUGAGCAUGGACAUCAAUGCUUAUCUAAAACAACACUUGCUGCCUAAUGCUAAUAAUGGUCAGUGUCAUGCACCUGUUCUGACUGCUACACCAAUAACCGCUGGCCAGAUACAGGUCAAGGUUCAGGGAGAAAACCUGCCUUUAGAAAAUGACAGAACUAAAGUUAAUUCCUUACUACUUAACACAUCCAAUGUUGACAUUAAUGACUGCAGGUCUGAUUCAGAGACUAACCCCUCUCUUGAUCACAAUUCCAUCACUGAAUCUUCAGAAAACAACAACUUAAAUGCUUCUCCUUCCUCUAUAGGAGAUACAUCAUCAGAUGGAGAUAUAACACCUGAAAUUUCUAUUUGCAAAGAACCAGAAAAUCUUUCUGCUGGCAAACUGUAUCGUACAUCAAGAAUGCGGUUUUCUUUAUGUUUGUCUGGAGAAGAAGAUGAUGAAAGUAGUGAUCUAGGGAGUGAUGGUUCUCGGUGUGCUGAGACUGGAGAAAUUGACCACAAUGCUAAUAUCUGUGAUGACACUGCACCAAGUGAAAAUAAAGAAACUACUGCUGUCAAAAGCAAAGACUUUUCUCUAAGUAGUUUGUCAGUAUCCACGUCUCCACUUGUUCAAAGGCGGCUUAGUCUACGACCAAAUUUGUUAAGAACACGAACUCACAAGAUUGAUGAUAAGCUAUGUAAAAGUAGAUUGAGUGAUAAAGUUACCUUAAAAGAGAAGGUCACACCCAACAAAACUAUUUUAUCUCGUGGUAAACUUGAUUUCAAAGAAAAGCUUACAAAACGCUUCUUCAGCUCACAUUUGUUCGAUACACAAAAUAUUUCUGAAAGCAGUGGCUCUCACCUACGGUCAGCUAACAGCACUCAAAAUCAACAUUCCCACUCAAACAUAUCAGAAGAAAUCUCUUCUCAAAAGCUUUCAGAAAUGGCGACCAGAAGCAAGCGAAAGACAAACUCUGUUCCAAAUAGAACUUUGUCCCUGAACUGCAUGCAGUUCCCAACCAGCAAAGAAAAGAAGUGUAAUUCCGAAAAACGGCACGUUCUGAAACGGUUUUUGGCCUGGCAACAACAAUUAAUUGGUGAUCACAAAUCAUCCAAACCUCACCAUCGCAACAGUAAAAGAAAACAUGACUCUGGAGAAACUUCAGCUGAAAACGUUUGCAUAAAACGCUCUUGUAAAUUUAACUUACGAUUUAGCCACACACCAUUGAGAAAAGAACAGUCAAGCAGCAGUAUCAAAGUAGAUGGUUAAGAGCCUUUAAAUUGGCUUUGUGAUCUUUAGUAGCUUAUUCUCUUGGAUAUUUAACUGCUAUUGGAAAGACUUCUAAAUUCUAAAGUAUUAUUUAACAGAGAACCAAAAAUGUCUAAGAAUGUUAAAUUUUAGUUUAAACAAUUAAGGAUCAGAAUGAACAGAACUUUUUUUUUUCCCCACUCAUUUAUAUCUUACACAAAAAGAAGCAUUUCAAUUUCUGUUCAUACAUUUUUAAUACUUUCAUCUUUAUUUGACAUAUAAAAUAUUUUUAUUCUUUACA